UAUUCGUAGGCUUUUCCUUUGUAGUCCCUGUUCGGCAGAACAGUAAAAGCAGCCCGCCAUGCAGAGAUCCAAGUUGGACGUCUCUGUACAUGUGUCGUUAUGAUUCAGGUACGAAGGAUGUGCAAAAUCGCCAAAGUCACCAAGUCAAAACCAUGAAUAAAACCGCAAAGUCUGCUUGUGAGUCUGGCCGACAGAGUAAGAAAAAAAAAGUCAAAACGAGUCAUGGAUCGACACAGGGCACUCAAGGACAGAAAGCAGAUGUGAAGGGUCAGGCAGCUGAAAAAGAUGCUUGUUCUCCUGGACCUGAGAGAAGCUCUGAGUCUUCCCACACUAUGCAAAAACCUGCUCAGAAGGAGGCUAAAUCUAGUGACAGUCAUUCAUCCCAGCAGGAUCUGAUGAAGACGUCGUCAGCUGAAGAUGAAAAGGGUGAUGUGGACCUGUACAGAGGAGAAGAGGAAAUACAAAAAGAGCUGCAGGACAAGCAGCAGCCAAAGUCAGCGGCUGUUGGUGAGACCCAGAGCAGUGUAUCAGCUGCCGAGGAUCUUCAGACCUACAGCGAGAGAGAAUGGAAAGGCAACACCGCAAAAAGUCUGCUUAUCCGAAAGGGAUAUGAAGCAAUAGCCAGUGAGUUCAAUCUGCGCAGAGUAAGAGGUGAUAACUAUUGUGCACUAAGGGCGACGCUCUUCCAGGUGCUCAGCCAGUCAAAACAGCUUCCUGCCUUGUUACAUGACUCUGAAAUUAGUGAGUGGCCAAAAGAAAUGCACUCUGAUCAGGAUUUCAUUAGGGAGUGGCAGUUUCCAUUUGAAAUUAGCAAGAGCAAAGUGCAGCAUCUUGAACAAUGCCUGGAGCUACUGAAGAAUAAGUGGCAAGAGGCUGUCCAGUGUAAAAGUCUUGAGGAGAGGGAGCGCAUGUGCCAGCAGGUGUUCAGAGGUCAUGAUGAAGAGUAUGAGCUUCUUGAAGCACUGAAGUUCUUGAUGCUGAGGACUGCCAUUCAGUUGCACUCAGAUAUGGAGAAGGGCUCUGAUGUACCAGAGUUCUGCUGGCUCCUCUUUGCUCGUGACUCGUCCAAAUGCCCCAAGACAUUCCUCACCAACCACCUCAGACAUGUAGGCUUCAGUGGUGGGCUGGAACAGGUGGAGAUGUGCCUCCUGGGUUAUUGCCUUCAAGAGACGAUCCAGGUUGUUCGGCUGUACAAGUGUGACACUGAAGAGUUUAUUACAUACUACCCGAACGACCACAAGAAUGCCAGUCCUCUAUGCUUGCUUACAGAAGAUGACAGACACUAUAAUGUACUCGUCCCCAAAAAGUCCUCCAAAUUUGAUUCAUAUGGUAGGCCAAAGUGGAAUCCACCUUCAGAUGGACAAUCAAGCAUAACAACACAUCUUUAAAGAGUAAAUGGCAAUCACACACAAUCUACAGAACUCAGGAGUUACAAUCCUUCAUGUUUUCCACAUGGUUGUUCUUGAGUUUAUGUUUUGGGAUAUUUUUUCUUUCAUGUUUUAAUUCUUAUACAUUUUAAAUAUUUGCUUAUCUUUAUUCUUCUACCUAUGUCAUUUUAAAUAAAUUCUGUGCAAUAGUUUUAUGAGACAUAGCUGGACCUCCAGCUAGAAUGGGAUUUUUUUUGUUUAGUUGAUUAUGAAAUAUUUAGUUUACAAAGUUAAUUAUUGCUUUGCAUAUUACAAUAAAAUUAAACUAAUUUUUAGAUGUUACAUGUAGUUAAUUUAGUGUGCCAUUCAGUUCAGGAGUUUCCGCUGGUUUCAGUAUCUUGUACUGUCUUCAGUUGUCAUCAUCUUAAUAGUCUGGCAAUUUAUUACUUUGCAGAGCAAUUUACACAGCGUGGGCAGGAAAUGAGAAACAGGCACAACUCAAUAAUUCAUACAGCAUCUGAAGCAUGCAGCAUUACAGCAGUCCGCCUCCAUCUCAGAUUAAUUGUUCACUGAAACUUUAUGAUGAAAUGUUCUGACGAUGGAGUAAAGAAAUGCCAGAUGUUUCAGAAGUUUAUGAAUGCAUGAACCUUUCAAUUGAUAAAAGGUUUUAGAUUUUGGGGGGCGUGAUGGCUAAAACCAGCUUCAACUGAUCUUGUAUGGUUUACAUUACAUUGUGACAAACGGAUCGAAAAAAUUACUUCGGUGCAUAUUUUACUAGCACCUUUAUAUGUUUCUGACUGGCCAAGUUAUUCUGUGCUUAAAAAAAUUAAUGGCUUUAAAAUCAGUCCUGUAAUUAAUGGGUAACCAUGCAAAUGCAAUUCAAAUGUAAUAUGGUCUCUGCAGUUGCAGAAUUUUGUAUCAGAUUUAGUUUAUCAAUACAAUUACAAUAUUCAGGGCAAGAGAAAAUAAAAGCACAAAUCAAUGUUUUUGC